AUGGACCCUCAAGCAAAUACACAUGCGACAGCGACGGGCCUAGUCGUAGAAAGCACUCAGCAACCCGACCAUACCCAUGCACAACCGUCAACAGAACCACAACAACCCUCUUUCUUCGCCUCUUCCACCACUUCUCAUGUCGAAGCUCCUCAAAUUACAGACCGUGGCCAGCAGCAAUCAGAACCACAAUUCGUAGAUGAAGGCACCGAUCCCUUGCCGCCAACACCGCUUAUGAUGCCCGCUCCUGCUCUGGUGCGCCAGGAGACGGCUGAGCCCAUAGGUCCCUCCACCGAUCUACCCACGCCCAUGCCCCAAACACCAGGCUUUGGUACUCCCAGCGGACCCGUCAUCACUAUAAAUCUGCUGCUGAGCAGCACUGGAACCCGCCAUCCCUACCGCAUAGAUCAGAAGUAUCUAGCGAAACGUAAUGUUACGGCCGAGAACGAGAAAGGCGAAUUUGAUCCUUUUGUCAUUAGCGUAUAUACCUUGAAAGAGUUGAUCUGGCGGGAUUGGAGAGAGGAAUGGGAACCAAAACCCUCAUCUCCUGCAGCAAUCCGCUUGAUCCACUUCGGUCGUUUCCUAGACGACAAACUACCCCUGAAAGGUACGCUCAAAGCCAGCGACUCGACACCAAACGUCGUACACAUGAGUGUCAAGCCUCAAGAAGUCAUCGACGACGAAGAGAAUGCGAAAUCAGCAAAAGGCAAAAACAGCGGUGGUGGCGCCAGACCUGGCUCGCGUGGCGAUGGCGACGAGCCAACUGCUGGUUGCCGAUGCAUCAUCCAGUGA